AUGGAGAGACCGCCGCAACAACGAGCCCUGGGCCCGACGCCCAUCCUCUCGGUCUUAACAGCUCCAACGCCGAGCUCGGGUAUCGCAUCCACCAUUUACGUGUCGCCCGAAGCCGCUUCUCAACAUCAGUUUCGCCAGCCGCAUGCACUCGUGCACUCUGAUUCUGGCGGCGGCGCACCACUUCGCCGUGGCCCCAAGAGGGCAGCGCGUGGAGAAGUCGGGGUGGUGGCUGACGAGUCAUCACCGGCAAUAUGGGUCUCGGCCUCAAACACCCCGGUCAACGCCGACCGAACCGGCACUAACGGUCACGGACCUAGCCCCGGUCUUGGCGUGUCCCCUGACGACGAUCGAGACAGCAGCAGUGCCUCUCCCUCGGCGACGGCCACGACGGACCAGCCGAGGAAGAAGCAAAAACGAAACAAGCCGACACUAUCUUGCUUUGAAUGUGUCGAGCGAAAGACUAAGACCGCAUUGUCUUGCUUCUUAUGCCCGUGCAGAGAAACCACCCGGAGCGCAACAAAUGGCCGCCGGAUGACCAGGCCGCCCAAGAAACGUUCAGACAGCUUGAGCCAUAGCAUGCCCAACGCCGCUGAUCGGGGCUUGAACGUUGGUCGCCUCAAAGCAUUAGGUUCGGUGGCCACUUCCACCGGCCUCCUGUCCAACGUCCCCUUUUCUGCACCGGGGGCCUCAAAUGUCUUUGGCAUCGGAUCUGAGCACCCGUUUGCCAACUAUUGGACCUGCGAGGGCGGGCUACCUGAGGUCAUCUCUGUUCUUCCCGAUAAGCUGCAGGCUGACAUUUUGCUCAACCGCUACUUCGAGUGCGUUGACCCGGUGUACCCUAUGCUUCACCGACAAACCUUCUACGCCGACUAUGAGCACUUUUGGUCCCUGUCCCGGCCCGAAAAAGACCGCGCCGAUGCCGCCUUUGUGGCAUUGAUCUUCGUGAUGCUGGCCUUGGGCACACAGUUCGUGACGUCGACGUCACCGAAGGAGAGAAAGCAGACGGCCGAGUUCUACGCCUCCGCCAGUAAUCAAGCACUGCUGGUCCCCGACGCACCACCCUUUGAAAAGCAACAGCGCCGCAAAGUCUGGCAAGCCGUUCUCCUCCAGGACACCUUCCUGACUGUCCUCCUCUCCCUCCCGCCGAGCGCUACCCACACCGACGUCAGCGUCGAAGACCUCGUCGAAGACGACUCAUCCAUCGCAUCCGAUGACCCCACCGACACGGCCUACAUCCGCGGGUCAUGGACGCUGGCCAAUCUCGUACAGGAGACCAUCUGCUCGCCGCGGUCGCUCGACGUGCCCAUCUGCACUACCGCCCGCCACAAGUCCAAGCUGAUCGGCGACUUCCGCGCCGUCUACCGCUCCUUCCCGGACGUCUUCCGCUCCUGGGACCCGGACGCGCUCGCCCAGCUCGCCCAGAGCAACAAGCGCGUCGUGCGCCAGACCCUCUUCCUCAGCAGCAACUACUUCCACAACCUCAUGCUCGUCCACGCCUCCGAGAGCCAGGACGUCCCUGUCAACGCCCGCGGCACCCUCGAGGCUGCCCACGACGCCAUCACGGCGUUUUUUGUGCUGUUUGCCCUCUUCGAGGCCGAGGCCCGCGUCUGGUGGGUCUUUAACCACCGCGCCUUUUUGGAGGCCCUCUGUAUUGGGAACGUGCUGCGCGAGGUGGCCCGUGAGCCGGGCGGCGAGGAGAGCAUGGCUAAGGACCCGCUGUUUAUAAUGCAGGUCAUGAGCGAAGGCGACCACGGGUCCAACACGGCCAGGACCAGAGUGCAGGUUCUGAGCGAGUUCUUGAUAUAG